AAAAGCCUGAUCUCCCUGUGUUCUUGUUCCAUCAGCAGCAGCAGCUAAGUGAUCAAUGGCCAUGAAACCCAGAAGAAAGUUCCUCCAUUUAUACGCAGAGGAAGCUCUCUGUUUCUUCGCCUUCCUUCUCUCCCUCUUCAUUUACUUCUCUGCUUUCAAUCUCUCUCUCUCCACUCUCUUCCGCCACACCACCUUCUGGUUUUGCCUCUCCAACACUCUCAUUUUCAUCAUCGCCGCCCAUUCCCGCGCUUUCUCUCAGCCCCCCACCUUCAACGCCGCCGCCUCUUCCGUAAUCAUCCCAACCCCACCACCAAAUAACUUCAAUUCCGGCAACCCAACUGAAAAUCAUCAACAACAACAAAUCCCACUUCCCACUGAAAUUUCGAUUAAUAAUCCGAGAAAAUCUUACGAUCGAAGCAAGUCGGAGAAAGCGAUAAGAAGAGUUGCUAAGGAAACGAAGAUUGCGAUGAGGAGAUCGAAGACGAUGACGAGAAACGAUGCAACGUCGACGAGAAAUGAAAAAGAAGAGACGAAGAAUGAGUUAGCGGAGAUGUCAAAUGAAGAACUGAACAAAAAAGUUGAAGAGUUUAUUGAACGGUUCAAUAGACAGAUGAGACUUCAAGCCAUUGGAGAUAGUGAGUAGUAGAAUAGACCA